CCCCGCCCCCCAGGGGUGUGUGGCCGCUCCGGGGUCCCUGUGCCCCACUCCCCGCCUCGGCGCUGUGUUGCUAUGGCGACAGCACCACCCCGCAGGCCCCCGCUGCGCACGCACGGCACGGCGUGACGUACGUGCGCGCUGACGCAGCACGGCGCCGCGUCACGUGCGCGGGCAGCCCGGCGGCGGGGCGGCGACGAUGCCCAAGUCGUGCCGGGCGCCGAGCUGCCCCGACGGCGCCGGCCGGGCCCGCGGCCUCGCCCACCGGCCCAGCUUCUACAAGUUCGACGGCGCCCGGCUGCUCCCGCUGGGCACCCGGCCCCACCGGCCCCCGCACCCCUGCCCCGAGCACCCACCCCCCAAAAAGCCUCUCAGACCCGCAGCCGGCGGCUUCAGGAGAUGGGAGAAUCCCGAUAAACCCCCGCGCGAGGCCGAAAACACCCCGCCGGAGAGCAGCCCGGCGGCGAUCCCACCGGAGCAGCCGGUGGCCGUCGAUCCCGAGCUUCCGGCGGAAAACGGCGCCGGCGUCUCCGAUUCAUCCCCACCCACCGGCGACCUGGUAGAGCCGCCGGUUUUGCCUCCCGCCGAAAACCUCCGGCUCCAUCUUCCCGGCUUGGAGGCGGCUCCGGAAGCGGCUCCGGAGGCAGCUCCGGCGUUCCCGGUGCCCUGCGCCGUGCCGCUCGGCGUCCCGGCUUUGCCGGCGCCCGUCCCCGCGGCGUCGGAGCUGAGCACGGAGCAGCUCGUCGCGCUGGUGCUGCUGCUGCAGAGGAGGGUGAAGGGGCUGCAGCAGCGGCGCCGGCGGCACCGCGCCCGGCUGGGAGCCCUGCGGAGCCUGGCGGAGCGGCUGCUGCCGACGGCCUGCCUGCCGCCGGAGCGCCGCGACGCCGUCACCGUGCCGUGCCGGGACGAGGAGCGGGCGCUGCUCUGCGCCGUGCCGGAGGCCGCCGUCCUCUGCGUGGAGGAGCCCUGAGCGCGGGUGACAACGAGCCGCGCCGGGUGACGACAACACCCGGACAACCGCAGCUGCGACGGGUCAAACCCUGCAGAGAAGGGGGGUGUUUCCUUCUGGGAGUUGCCCCCCCCCCCCGGAAGGGGGUUUUGCCCCGGAGCGGUGGCCGGGCGGUGUCCCCGCCUCGGGUGACGACCCCGGCGGUGACGGUGACGCCGCGGGUGUUUUUUAUGGCGGUUUUAUUUUGUGAUGAGGCCGUGGGAUUGUUGGUUGCUUUAAUAAAGGCCAAAUGGAGGAAAAAA